CGAAACGCUGAUCUUUUAUUGCCUUCUACCCAACAACAACAACACAAACGUACUCUUCGUUCUCGGAGCAAAAACUUCUCUCUAAAUCUACGUUGGCAUGAGGGAGGCAUCUGAUCUACCUCCCUGGAUAACCAGAAUGGCAUCGAUGUCUCAAAAGGAAAACCAACAUUCUUGAUCACGUCAAUCAUAAUUCGUUCAUGUGCAAAUGUGGGGUUAGGCCAAUUGGCGGAAGCAGUGUGCCCUUCCUAUUGCACCCGAGUUCGAAACCUCUCCACGACUAGUUUAGAAUAUCUCAUAAUUCGUUCAUCUGCAUUGAGUCAGGUUUUUCCUGGAACGAGAUGGAUGUUUGCAGUCCCUUGAAACCUGAUAGUAAACUGAAGCACAGGCCCUUAACUCCACUUAGAGUUGUGAGGGGUGUGAUAUGUUUGGUAGUGUUUCUUUCUACUGCUUUCAUGAUUCUUGUGUGCUUUGCGCCUAUCAUUGCUGUAAUUUUGCGCCUGUUGAGCAUACGUUGCAGCAGAAAAGCAAUAUCCCUCCUCUUUGGUAUUUGGCUGGCCUUGUGGCCCUUCCUAUUUGAAAAGAUCAAUGGGACCAAAGUGGUUUUUACUGGUGACACCGUGCCCCCGAAAGAACGCACUCUGCUCAUUGCCAAUCAUAAAACUGAGGUUGAUUGGAUGUACUUGUGGGAUCUUGCAUUGCGAAAAGGGUCCCUCGGCCACAUCAAAUAUGUCCUCAAGAGCAGCCUCAUGAAGCUGCCUGUCUUCGGUUGGGGCUUUCAUGUUUUGGAGUUUAUCCCUUUGAAGAGGAAGUGGGAAGUUGAUGAACCGGUUAUGCGCAAAUUGCUUUCGUCCUUUGCUGAUCCUGCAGACCCUCUGUGGCUGGCCAUUUUUCCUGAAGGAACUGAUUAUAAUGAAGAAAAAUGCAAAAAGAGUCAGAUAUUUGCGGCUGAAACUGGACUUCCUGUACUGUCACAUGUCCUGCUUCCAAGAACGAAAGGUUUUUGUGCUUGCUUGGAAGCUCUAAGAAGUUCUUUGGAUGCAGUUUAUGACUUGACAAUCGCAUACAAGAAUCAAUGCCCUUCAUUUAUGGACAAUGCGUUUGGCGUGGAUCCUUCAGAAGUUCACAUUCAUGUUCGCCGUAUCCCUAUCGAAGACAUCCCAGAGUCUAUCGCGGAUGCAGCUUCUUGGUUAACGGACACAUUCCAGCUCAAGGACAACUUACUCUCUGAUUUCAAUACUCGAGGCCAUUUCCCUAGUGAAGGAGGAGGAGGAGGAGGAGGAGGCGAAGAGGAACUGUCCACAUUGAAGUGCUUGGUAAAUUUUGUGUUGGUAGUUGUUUUGACUGUCGUGCUCAUUUACCUUACCAUUUUUUCAACCGUCUGGUUUAAAAUAUACGUCGGUUUAUCAUGUGCAUACCUUGCUACAGCUACUUAUUUUGAAAUCCAACCGAUGCCAAUUUUAGACUUUGUUAAAGCAACUUGUGUUUGCAAUAGACCAAGAAUUGAAUAGAAAAACAGCACAUUUUUGAAGUGUUUUGCGAA